CAUUUUAGUAAAAAUAUUUCAACAAGUGAAGAAUGUUAUCAACUAAACUAUUGAUUUUUCGACGUUCGUGUUAUGCUACCAAAAGAUCAUCAUUACCAUAUCAUUUUCAAAGAUGGUACUAUGCUCAAACAGCUUCUAAAAUCCCAGAUCAAGAUCCAAAAGUGCUGCAAAUAUACGAAGGAAUUACCAAAGGUCACAGGGGAUCUCUUGCACAGGGAAUAACACUAGUUGAAACAUUACACCCGGAAAAAUAUAAACAAGCUCAAAAGCUAUUAUCAAAGGCUGUCAGAUUUUCAAAAAGAGAAUUGACGUUUUCUUCAGGGCAGAAGAGUUCCUUUAGGGUCGGUUUCUCAGGGCCACCAGGAGCAGGGAAAUCCUCAUUCAUUGAGGUUUUUGGCAAGCUUCUUACAACACAGGGGCACAAAGUUGCUGUUCUUGCAGUUGAUCCAUCGUCUUCACGGACUGGUGGAUCAUUACUGGGAGACAAGACACGUAUGACAGAGUUGUCACGUGAUCCUAAUGCUUACAUUAGGCCUUCGCCGACAUCAGGAACAUUGGGUGGUGUAACAAGAAGCACCAAUGAAGCCAUAGUCCUGUGCGAAGCUGCAGGAUAUGAUGUCAUUAUAGUAGAGACGGUUGGUGUUGGACAGUCAGAGUAUGCCGUGGCACACAUGGUUGACAUGUUUGUAUUAAUAAUCCCACCAGCAGGAGGAGAUGAGCUUCAAGGAAUCAAGAAGGGAAUUGUUGAAAUGGCUGAUUUAGUUCUUGUUAAUAAAGCUGAUGGUGAAUUGUUGAUUCCAGCUCAGAGAAUACAAGCUGAAUACAUUAGUGCAUUAAAACUUCUGAGAAAAAAAUCUAAGUUAUGGUCACCACCUGUUCUUAGAGUUUCGGCACAAACAGGUGAUGGCAUUCCGAAGACCUGGGAUGUCAUGCAAGAUUUCUUUGAAAAGAUGUCAGCCGUUGAUGAACUAGAACUGUUGAGACGGAAGCAACACAUAAUUUGGAUGUGGAAUCACAUCAAAGAACACAUCAUGAUGAGAUUUAAGAUGAAUCCUGACGUUAAGAAGAAGAUUAAAAGUUAUGAAAGUCUAGUUGGAGAAGGGCUAAUGACGCCAGGUCUAGCUGCUGACAUGCUGCUGAAAAUCUUUGAGAGAUCUUCAGAAAAUGGAAAGCAAACAGACAAUUGAUAUUAUAUUCUUUUAGUUAUAAGCUAGUUGUAAAUAUAUAUGAACAUAAAUUAUGAAUUAAAAUUGUGUGUUUUUUGUGUGUU